CGUGGCCUGCUGCUCAGAAGAGUUUAACUCAGUUAUAUUGAGCUGUAACAGCUCGGUAAAUGUUGAUAAGAUGUGGAGACAGCAGGUAAAAACAGAGGAAGAAGAGAAGUCGGAGGAUUUUAGACCUGCUGAUCAGGAACAGACAGAAAACAACAUGAAGAUCCGGAUAGAAGCUGUUUACAGCCUCAACCAUCAGCUGCAGACAUCAGUGGUUCCUGAAGGUGUUCAGCUGCUGAUUAAAGAARMUCCUGAAGAACAGAAGCCUGAUGUGGACCAGCAGGACCAAGAACACCUCCACAUAAAAGAGGAAGAGGAGGAACUGUGCACUAGUCUGAGAGCAGAGCAGCUCAUUGUGAAGGAGGAGACUGAUGUCACCAGCUUUAAAUUCACUGCAGUUCCAUUGAAGCAUGAGGAUGAUGAAGAUAAACCUCUGUUCUUACAGCUUCAUCAACACCAAGCUGAAGUCAGAGAUCUUCCAACCAGCAACUCAGCUCAGGAUUCUGACUCCUCAGAAACUGAAGUCAGUGAGGAUGAUGAAGAGGAUUCUGACUCCUCAGAAACUGAAGUCAGUGAGAAUGAUGAAGAGGAUUCUGACUCCUCAGAAACUGAAGUCAGUGAGGAUGAUGAAGAGGAUUCUGACUCCUCAGAAACUGAAGUCAGUGAGGAUGAUGAAGAGGAUAAUGAUGUGAACAAUCCUGACUCUCAACUGAAACACGUAGCAGACUCUGUGUCAAAACCUGAAGACACUGAUGAAGACUGUGAGUCUUCUCCCAGCAGGGUUCCUGAAUCAGGUGUAAAAAUCAACAACAAUGAACAGAAGUUGUUGCGUUGUGAGCUGUGUUGGAGAAGGUUUACCACAAAGAGCCAUUUAAACACACACAUGAGAAUCUACACAGGACAGAAACCAUUUUGUUGUGAGCUGUGUGAUCGAAGGUUUACAAGAAAGGGCAGUUUACUGUAA